AUGGAUUUAUUCACACGAGCGAGAAAUACACUGUUCGGAGCAACUCAACCAAGAAAUCCUCAUUCGAUUGAAAAUCUCAAGUAUUUAUAUGGUGUUUUGCAUCGAAAUCCAACUGUUUCGGAUGUGAAUAUUGAUUUAUUAAUUGAAACAUUGAGAAGUAUCUCGGAGAUCUUAAUCUGGGGCGAUCAACACGACAGUUCUGUGUUUGAUUAUUUUCUCGAACAUGGAAUGCUGGUCUAUUUUCUUAAUUAUAUGCGUCAAAAGAACGGCCGUUUUAUUUGUGUACAAAUCUUACAAACAUUGAAUAUUCUCUUCGAAAAUAUUCGCAAUGAAACUUCACUUUAUUAUCUUCUGUCCAAUAAUCAUGUGAAUAAUAUCAUUUUACACAAAUUUGAUUUUAGUGAUGAAGAAAUAACAGCAUAUUAUAUAUCGUUUCUCAAGACACUCUCAUUAAAACUGAAUAAGCAAUUGAUUAAUUUCUUUUACAACGAACGAAACCGUGAACUUCCACUGUAUGUUGAAGCUAUAAAAUUUUUCAAUCAUCCAGAAACAAUGGUUCGGAUUGCAGUGCGAACAUUAACUCUCAAUGUAUACAAAGUACCAGAUCCAGCUAUGCAUCGAUUCAUCUUGGAUUGCACUGCAACUGAAUACUUCUCGAAUCUUGUUUGGUUCAUUCGAAAUCAUGUGUUGGAUUUCGAUAGUUUGAUACGAAACAAUCUAGAGAUUAAUAAUCGCGGUCAUUUAACGUCGAGUUUAGAAGAAUAUUUGGAUCAUAUCCAUUAUAUUCAAGAUAUUUUCUCAUUGGAUGUUCACAGUUUGAAUAAUGUGCUGAAAGAACAGUUGAUGAAUCGAUUGUGGAUACCUGUCUAUGUGUUUUCAUUGAUUAAACGUGAAAAAUUUUCACGAGUUAAAGAUCCACGAGUCAUGAUUGAUCAGUUAACGACUUUGUUUCUUCUGGCCGAAGUCUUUCUGGUUAUUGAUUAUCGACCUGUAGUCGAAGAAUUAGCUGAUCUAAUCAUUUCAGCGGAUAUUGAGACAGUCGAAGCGAUUCAACUUCGUUAUGGUCAACAGCUUUUCUAUAGCUUACCGCCAAUUGCUUUGGAAGUUUGUCUAGCGAAAAAUGAACCGAACGAAGAGAGUAGCGAUGACGCUGAGAAUGACUCAGACAUUUCAUUGAAAGUAGUCGAUAUCAAUGAUGAAGACGAACGGCGACGGUAUGAAGGUGAACAUUCACGUAUACGAUCACCGUCAUCAUUAUCUGCCAAUAAGAAAUUACUUGAUUCAAUGGCAAAACCCACCUCGCUUUAUGUUUCUAAUUGGACAGAUGACGAAAAAUCACGUCGUAGUAAAGAACCAAUGCGAUUGAAUAAUACAGAAUUAGCUGAUCGACCAUAUUUCGGAGCUCUAAUCGACGCGUUGGAAUGUGAUGAAAAUGAUCAACUGUGUUUUUAUGCUUUGAGUGUUUUAUUAACGAUGACAACAAAUCCAUCGGUUGAUAGUGUUAUUAUCGAAUCCGUUUGUUUAACAACUAAAUCAUCGGAGAAAAGCUUCUACAAUACCUUAUUAGUCGAUAAACUUUGCCAUAUACUUCUACUAGCUACUAAACAAGAUUCCAACAUUCGCAUAGCCACGUUGAGUUUAGCGAUAACAUUUUUGAAGAAACUUGUCUAUAACGAAGAGAACCAAACUUCCUACUUGUCCGAAGAACAUCUAACUCAAAUCGAUCAAGCACGCAAACAAGCUACGGAAGAUUUGCGACGAUACUUUCCACAACAGGAACUGUUACUUGAUAUGUUCGAAGAUGAAUAUCGACAAAUGCAAAUGAAUCCAACUCGAAUCGAUUGUUUAUUAAAGGAUUCUUGUAUGUUACUUCCACCAACGACAACACCAUUGAGUGGAAUUGAGUUUAUCAAACGUUUGCCUUCGGGUGACAUCGAAAGAGCACGACGCUCGAUUCGAGUGUUUUUUCUUAUUCGAACAUUAUUUCUGGAAUUAAGUUCGAUAUCAGAAACUGAACUACCACUAAUAAAACCAGAGAAUCUAUUUCAAGAAAAUGAUCGACUUGAUCUAAACAACAGAGACUUGAUCGCAUGUACAAUUCAUAUGAAAGACAAAAAAGACCGUCGUUUUCUUGUUAUUGAUCAAAUGCAAUUCAUACUAAUCGAGCCCGAUAACAAAAAAGUUGCAUGGGGCAUUGUCAAAUUUUGUGAUCAAAUGCAGGAUGUCGAUGCUGUUAAUGAUAAAGAAGACAGUCAUUCUCUUCAUAUCACCAUUCAUAAACCAGUAACGAAUAUCUAUGUCAAAACUAGUCCACCAAUCCUCAAUGCUAAAUUUACAUUUGACAAUCAUAUUCAUUGUAUGACUGCGAAACAAAAUCUAAUCAAGGCUCGUCAAAGGUAUAGAAAGAUUUGCAAUCGUAACAUCGAGCUUUAUUAUUUCUCGUAG